CGUCACUGUCAGCGGGUCUCGCGCUUCGGCUGGACCAGGUCGGGCCGCCGUUGCCAUGGCGACCGCGGCCCGCUUGGAGCUGGGGCGCUUGGCCCAGGAAGCCGCGGCCCUGGCGGGGGUCGUCCGCGGGUCUCUCGGCCCUCAAGGAGGACAGGUUCUGCUCACCCGCCCCACGGGGGAGGUCCUGCUUUCCCGAGACGGACGGCGGGUGCUGGAGGCCCUGAAUGUGGACUCGCCAACCGCCAGAAUUAUGAUAGGAUGCAUUUCUACACACUGCAAUUUGUUUGGAGAUGGCGCUAAAACCUUUAUCAUUCUACUCUCUGAUUUACUACGACAGUUUGAAAAAUUUAAUAGAAGAGAUCAAGAGAAAUAUUGCAGUUUGAAACACAUUUCCCAGUUUCUUGUGAAGAUCCAAACAAACAUCCUUGACCAUAUAAUGACACAGGACCUUAAGAAACAUUUUUGGUCAAUCUUUUCUGCUUCUGAAUCAGAUACAAGACGGAAUAUGGAGUUAGUGCUAGAACCUUAUUUUUGUGGGAAAGUAGGAAGUAAUAGACAAACAUUUCUAACUCAUUUGACAUGCGAUUUCUACUUCAAAGUCACAGCAGGUAAAAACCAGAAAGAGGCAUUAUACUUGGUGAAUGAAUGUUUUGCAGAACUGCAUACCACUGUGACAGGCCUUCCUUUUUCAGAUUCCAGGAUCCUAGAUGGCUUACUACUUCACCGAGACUUUGCCAUCUACUGUCCUGCAGAUGGUGAUAAAAGAAUUAUAAUAAUAACAGAACCUAUUCACUCCUCUCUAUCUGAGUUGGGUAUAGAAGUUGUCGUAACUGCUGAGGGUCAAUUCAAGGCAUCAGAAACCUGGAUUACAAAAAGAACUAAAACCCUUCUACAGCAUAUGCAAGAUAAUGACAUCAAAGUAAUACUAUCAGGUGUAAAACAGCAUGAUAUUGUUCAUCGCUACGGCAAAAAUAAUGGCAUAUCUAUUGUAGAUUGCUUGUUAACAGAGGAAAUCUCUCUUAUUUGCAAGAUUACCGGAAUUUCACCUUUCAAACCGUCUUUGGAUAAUAUUAGCCAUGAAAUCACUCAAACGGCUGUAGCCAAAUUUUGCCAGCCCUUCCACCUUGGAACCAAAAGGUUUGUUCACAUUGGCUUUGCGAAAACCUCUACCAUCCAGCUUUAUUGUGUAAUUCUCUGUGGACCAGUGCAUGGAGUUACGGAGCAACAUGCUUCUGCUUUUCGUGAAGCAUUCAAAAUGCUACAGCAAAUGUUUACAGCAAUUCAUCUUCCUCCGAAUUGUGACUCAGAAUUGGAAAAUCACAAUCUUCUGAAUAGCCUGAAUAAAACUCAGCAACAUUCACCUCCCCAUCAGCCAUUAUUUCAGGAACACGAUGAUUGGAGAAAACUUGAAACCAACACCAAGCAUCUUACACCUUGUGGGCUUAAAAUGGAGAAACACUCUGCAUCUUUUUCUGUAGUAGAUAAAAAGUUACUGCAUUCAUCCAGUUAUAAUUCUUCAGCCAUAGUCAUGCCUUCUUUUGAUUUGAUGCAUGGCAUUAAGAGCUCAUUAUUCCAGAAAAGGGACGAUGACUUAGUUGGCUGUCAAAUAGCUUCUUUAAAACCCAAAUUUCAAAAAGAAAGGUUGCAAAUGACUGAGCAUGAACUUCUUGAAGAUAAACAGCCUGCUUUUAAUUUUAAUACAGUCAAUAAAAAUGUACAGCUGCAAGUUAGUACUGCCAGUUGUGCCAGGCUGCUUAAAGAUGAGGAGAACGAUCAAAGGGGUAAUCAGAAUUACUCUGACUCUUGCAUAGAAGUGGGAUCAGUUCUGCCAGUAGGAGGGCUCUUUGAAAUCCUAUUACAUUACUAUCUAUCUAACCAUGCAAAACAAUGCCAGUCGUCCAAUAUAUCCAUCAUUUGUUCUAUUCUUGCUGAUGUAUUGCUAAGUAUUCCAAAAACACUCUGCAUGACACAAAAAAGGAAUGCCUUUCCUCAGCUCUGUCUCCAAGUUACCCGUGCCCUCAAAAGCAAUAAGGAGCUUUUGCCAAAUCAAAAGCUUCUAGAAUCAAUUUCUUGUAAAUAUCACUUAGUAGCUUCAGUGCUUCAGUGUGCAGCUCAGUUGCUUAGUGUUGACUUAAUCAUUAGCAUUAAAAGGCUACCACAGAAAGCUGAAGAGAGUGAUUCAGAGGUUGAUGGGUAAAAAGUCUGAUUACUUUUUUUCUUUUCUCCCCUAAUUCUUAACAAAAGGACCUCAAAGGAGAAGAAAGAGAAAUAAUACCAUAUAACCAUAUUAUUCUUCCUUCUUCAGCUUUCUGAUUUCUAGCAAGGACUUCAAAAUAAUCAGCUUUUGUGAGAAGUAUAUCAAGGCUUAUUUACACUGCCUCAAAUUCCAUGCAGUGUGUAUGCAACUGUGCAUAUGUAUAUCAAGAACAAAUCUGAACUGUGGGGCAUUAGAUACUCAACACAAGUAUCAAUGACAGAGAAAAGAUGUCUUUACCUACACACUUGAGAGAAUGCAUUGACAAAAAGAGAGAGGCCAUAAUGAUUACGUUUUCCCUGAAGGACCAGUAGGAACUAGUGGUUUCUUAUAAAUGCAGCCUUUAUUACUUUGCAGGUGGGUGUUAAACAUAUCAACUCUGUAUUUGUUCAGUUUAUUUACACAUUAAAUCUGUAAUCAUGGUUUCUUCUAGGUGCUGGAAAUAGUGUCCAUAUCUCCCUACUUUUUUCAAACAAGAAAUUUUGUGAGGUAGGUUUGACUGAGAGAAUGUGACUGGCCACAAGUCACACAAGGAUUGGUCACAUCUACUACAGUUUUAUUCAAUUAUAAGCUCUUCUAAAUAAGAAGCGCCCGGUUAAAUAACCUGGCUAGAUGGCUCAGUGGCUAAGACGCUGAGCUUGUGGAUCAGAAAGGUCGGCAGUUCAGUGAUUCGAAUCACUAGUAUAGGUCUUCUGCGUGAGCAGAGGGUUGGACUAGAUGACCUCCAAAGUCCCUUCCAACUCCGUUACUGCUAUUAUUACUAAAUAUAUUUGAUUGUUUCUUGGCUGUGAAGAAAUCAAAGUUCCCCAUUCCCAUAGCAUUGAAUCUUCCAAGUUAUUCCGAAUCUGUUUUGGCUGGGAAAGCAUUCAGUGUGGGUAGUGCAGGAGUGACAUUGCUGGGAAAAUGUUGAUUAGUCUGAAUGCGAUAACCCUAAGCAAGAUUUCUCUGGUUCUCUGACCUUGAGGAAGCUUAAAACAGGGAAAGCUAGAUUUUCUUUUUCAUAAUUUCUGAAAAUUUAGUAUUGCAAAAUGUUACUUCUUUAUAAGGAACCACUUCUAGAAAUAUUUGUCCUUCAGGGAAAAUAUAAUCAUUACUGCCUCCCCCACCCCCACCCCCAAUGAAUUCUCUCAGUGUGCAAAGGUAGGGACAUCUUUUACCUGCCACUGACUCUCAUCUGGUUGGGUUGAUUUUGUGUUUUUCUGCAAAAGUAGGAGAUCAUGAGAAAUUGAACUAUGAAAUGGCAGCAAAUACUUAUGAAAACCAGACUGCAUCUAAUACCAGAAUUAUAGAGAAAGGGUUGGUGGCAUGGAUUAAUCACUGUUUCAUAUGCAAGUAAAUGCCUUUUUCCAUGAAGAUCAACUCAAAUUUUAAUACUGGUUUAGCAUUUCAGCUAGUUAUCCAAAGCAGCAAACUGGUGUGUGAACAUUUUAUCUAUUUAUACUGAAGUCCUGACCACCAAACAUAUUUAAAUCCACGGAGCGCAGUUGCCCUUAUACUUAUUGGAUGGAUGCUGACGCCCCCUGUUGGAUGCAAGUUGACAUAUCACAAUUUACAGUUUUUUUGUUUUUUUAUUCUGCCUUUAUUAUUUUUAUAAAUAAUUCAAGGCAGUGAGUAUAUGUAACAUUCUUUCCUCCUAUUUUGCCCAUUUUUAAGUGUUUUGUUUUGAAAAUUUUCAUAACAGUAAUAAUCACCAGGGCAGGGAACAUACGUUGUAAAAUUCUAAAGAGAAGUUCAGAUAGGCAGCAGAUUCAAAUACGGGCACAAAUUAUGCCUGUAUAGGCCUUACCAGCCACCUGUGGACACAUUGUGGAGAGCUCACAACCUGUUAGAUGUCACGGUCCUCUUCGAACACAAUGGAGAACAUCAUCGGAUUCAAAUCCAGUCUCUUAAUUCCAUCUGCUGCUCUGCAGUCUUCGCUGAAAAGCAGCAUGGAACAUAUUUAACGAAUAGAGUCUCAGCAUCUUUUUUACAUCGUGGCGACCAAAACUGAAUGCAGUAUUCCAAGGAUGGAGAUGACCUCACUUCCUGGAUGUGAAGAUUCCACAAGGUGGUCACCAUGGCAGAGAAGGCCUGCCUCCUGGGAUCCACCAGAUAUAAUUCCCUAAUGGAUGGAAUCCAUAGCACGCCCUCUCUGGAUCAGUGUGUGUGUGUAUGUGUGUGUGUGUCACACGGAUGUAAUCCAAAAGAGGAGGUCCCUCAAGUAACCCAGUCCCAUACAAUGUAGUUCUUCAAAGUUCAAAACCAGCACCUUGAACUAGACCUGAAAGCAAAUUGGUCACUGAUAUAGCUCUCAAAGCAGAAGUGCUACGUAUACUGUUCUACAGGGACACAUAAUGGCCUGUAUCGUUGCAUUUUGAAACAGCUGAAGAUUCCAGAUGCUUAUCACUAUUUGUUUGUUUGUUUAUUAAAUUUACAUGGCACCUAUUUCACUGUUGCAGCGACACUGGACAGCUUACAAAAUGAUAAAAAGACAAAACAAUAAUACGAAGUGAUUUAAAUAUAGGAAGAUUAAAGAGAUUAAUGAAGACUACAAGCCAAGAGGACAAGUGACAUGGUGGUGGAGAUGUCUCCAUCCGGUCAGCCACCCCUGGCAUAAUAGCAAUAGCACUUAGACGUCUAUACCGCUUCACAGUGCUUUUACAACCUUCUCUAAGCGGUUUACAGAGUCAGAAUAUUGCCCCCAGCAAUCUGGGUCCUCAUUUUACCCACUUAGGAAGGAUGGAAGGCUGAGUCAACCUUGAGCCUGGUGAGAUUUGAACUGCCAAAUUGCAGUCAGCAGAAGUAGCCUGCAGUACUGCACUCUAACUAGAGGUGGGUUUCAGCAGGUUCUGACCAGUUCUGGAGAACCGGUAGUGGAAAUUUUGAGUAGUUCGGAGAACCGGUAGUAAAAAUUCUGACUGGCCCCUCCCCCAUCUAUUCUCUGCCUCCCAAGUCCCAGCUGAUCAGGAGGAAAUGGGGAUUUUGCAGUAACCUUCCAGUGCCAUGCCCACCAAGCCAUGCCACGCCCACCAAACCACACCCACAGAAUCAGUAGUAAAAAAAUUUGAAACCCACCACUGACUCUAACCACUGCGCCACUGAGGCUCAUAAUAUCAUCCCGCAGAGAUAAGAUUGGCCCCAGCCUGACUAAUGUUUCCUCAGGGCCUUCAAGGCACGGUUGGGCCAUUGGGCUUGUGGGUCUGGAUAUCUGGUGGGGCCUCCUGUACGGUGGCAAUGAUGAUUGCUGUUGGGGAUUUCUAAUACUGCUGCUGCUGUUUGUUUUGUAGGGCUGUAACCCAAAUGUUUUUUUCUUUAAUGUUGCUCUUUUCUCUUUUGUAAAAUUUGUAACGGUUGUGAUCCACCCAGAGUCAUUUCUUUGAGGCAGGCCGCCAUAUAAACGGAAAUACUAAAUUAAUAAAAUUGAAUCAAAUUUGAUAGUACGGUAGACCUUCCAGCCAUUUUAUCAACGGCUGUGUGCCGGCUUGUCAGCCUGCUUCAGUUCAUCUGCUUUUUUCAUUAAAAAUAAGUGCGGGGUGGGGGAAGUAAUUGUCUUUUGGCUUGGAUCUCCUCUGAGUUUAAAAGUCCCUUUAUUAUACUAUUUCUAGCCAUGGCGUUAACAGGGAUGUGGUGGCUUAGUGGCUAAAGAUGCUGAGCUUGUCGAUCGAAAGGUCGGCAGUUCAGCGGUUCGAAUCCCUAGUGCCGCGUAACGGGAUGAGCUCCCGUUACUCGUCCCAGCUUCUGCCAACCUAGCAGUUCGAAAGCAUGUAAAAAAUGCAAGUAGAAAAAUAGGGACCACCUUUGGUGGGAAAGUAACAGUGUUCCAUGCGCCUGUAGCGUUGAGUCAUGCCAGCCACAUGACCACGGAGACAUCUUCUGAUGGCGCUGGCUCUUCGGCGAUGAAAUGGAGAUGAGCACCGGCCCCUAGAGUUGGGAACAACUAGCACAUAUCCAGGGUCUCUCUUCAGCUUUGGAAGCUACUCUGGACUAAGUAUACGUGCAGAUAAACUCACAGCCUCACCUUCUGCUUUAAUCCCUGGAGGGGAAAAAUGCAGCGCUUUAAUGAUUUGACAAGAGAUAACUUCCUUCAUGCUCCACUGCCUUGCAAAGCACCUUUUUCCCAAGGACUUUCACCGCUCCGCAUCGUACAUGCCAUUCUGAAAAGCAUCUGGCCGAAAAAUUCUUAAAUCAAGUAAUACCCAGGAUAGUUUUCUAAGACUGAAAAGGUUUCCCCAGGUCUUUCCCACUGGAAUCACCACAUCCUUUGAUGAGGUAUGACACAGGGUGAACCUUGGCCUGAAUAUAUGUUUUCUUUACGGAUGUAUACUUCCUCUCCUGGCCCCUAUUUGCCUUGCCGGUUGAAAAAGCUGCUCUGAGGUAAAACAUCCUCUAAAAUGAAAUCCUUAUCUUGUAUACAUUCCCAGAGGCCUUCGGAUAAAUAAUCAACUCUUAGCCUGGGAACUGGGCUACCUUAAAAGAAAGCAUCCAGUCGGUUAGCAAUGGCAUCUAUAAUUGCAGAACGUCUGUGAGCUUCCAAAAAUGAGACAAGCCUCUAAAUUAAAUUUGGAUUAUUAAAGAAAAGAGAAAGGAUUGCCUGUUGUAAUAAAUUUGUAAAGGAGGUUUAGUCUCAGCUGGUAGAAAAGUUUUUCAGUUCCGCUAGAAUUUGGGUUAAUUGAUGAGUUAUCUCAGUCACCCCUACAGGUUGAUGUUUGCAGGGUAUUUUUCCAAAUCAGGGACUGGUAUAUAGAUAGUCCUCGACUUACAACCACACUGCUCAUCAUUCCUAUCACUCAUCUGCUCCCACUUAUGACUGCAUGACUGUAAUAUUGUUGCUUGCAUCCUUAUGAUUUCUAUUGUUGGUUCCAGAGGUGGGUUUCAGCAGGUUCUGACCAGCUCUGGAGAACCGGUAGCGGAAAUUUUGAGUAGUUUGGAGAACUGAUAAAUACCACCUCUGACUGGCCCCGCCCUCAUCUAUUCUCUGCCUCCCGAGUCCCAGCUGAUCGGGAGGAAAUGGGGAUUUUGCAAUAACCUUCCCCUGGAGUAGGGCGGGAAUUGAGAUUUUACAGUAUCCUUCCCUUGCCACGCCCACCAAGCCACGCCCACUAAGCCAUGCCACACCCACCAA